ACCAGACGUCGCGCAGCGCACCAACACCAGACACCAAGCGCCAGCCGCCGAGCACCAAGCGCUGAGCACCAGCCACCAGCCACCACACGCCGGCAGCCAUGGACGCCGGCAAGAAGCGCACCCGCCACAACCCGCGCAAGACGGCCAACCCGCUGUCCGUGCUCUUCUUCUCGUACACGCUCCCGCUUUUUAGAGAGGGUUACUCGCGCGAUCUGACAGUGGACGACCUCUUUGAACCCCUUGACGAAGAUACAUCUGCUCUUCUGGGGGACCAACUAGAACAGCAAUGGGAGAAACAGCUCAAGAAGAAGAAACCUAGCCUCAUAGGUGCAAUAGUGCGGACGUUCGGCUUGGAGUACUUCAGAAUGGGAUGUCUUAUAUUUCUCUACGAUAUAGUCCUCAGGAUGCUGCAGCCCCUGAUGUUGGGCUACCUGCUGCAGUACUUCACGCCCCCGCGCACCAUGCCGAGAGAAGAGGCGGUGCUGUACGCCGCCGCCAUCGUCGUCAUCACGGCUCUGAGCACGGUCUCCUUCAACCACUACAUGCUGGGCGCACUCAGGACAGGCAUGCGCAUGCGCACCUCCUGUUGCUCGCUCAUCUACCGCAAGUCCUUACGGCUGAGCCGCACGGCGCUGGGUGAGACGGCUGCUGGGCAGGUGGUGAACCUGCUGUCCAACGACGUCAGUAGGUUCGACCUGGUGUCCGUGUUCAUGCACAGCAUGUGGUGCGCACCAGUCACCGGCUGCAUCUGUGCCUACUUCAUCUACUCUAUGAUUGGUGCUUCCGCUUUCGUUGGAAUUGGCCUGGUCUUCGUCAUCGUGCCUACUCAAGCGUAUCUGGGCAAGCUCUCAUCGAAAUACCGCAGUCAGACGGCGCUAAAAACAGACAAGAGAGUCCGUCUCACGGAUGAGAUCAUUUCCGGAAUGCAAGUGAUAAAGAUGUACGCCUGGGAGAAACCUUUCGCUAAGCUAAUUGAGCUGGCCAGAAAGCUGGAGCUGAAGGUUAUCAUUAAAACAUCCUACAUACGUGGAAUUUUUAUGUCAUUCAACCUAUGCACCACCCGAGUCGCACUGUGUUGCUCAUUGAUCACGUUUGUUCUAACAGGAAACGACCUUACAGCAGACAAGGUGUUCGUUGUUCUGACUUACUUCAAUGUUUUGGCCCAGACAAUGUCCAUGGUUUUCGUUAGAGGCAUAGCUGAAUUAGCUGAGGUGCUCGUUUCAGUCAGGAGAAUCGAGGAAUUCCUGGCGAAUGAAGAGAUCGCUGAAACGGAAACAAAGUCCCGCGUGUUGUUGAACGGAGUGGACCACAAGGAAGGCAAAGAGGAGAAGGUAGACGACGUUGCGGUCCAGUUGGAGGGGGUGACGGCCAAGUGGGUGGAGAGCCUCAGCGACAACACGCUGGACGCCGUGGACCUGCGCGUGCACCGCGGACAGCUUGUGGGCGUCGCCGGGCCCGUCGGCGCCGGCAAGAGCUCCCUGCUGCAAGCAAUCCUGGGAGAGCUGACGGUGAGCGAGGGGACGUGCAAGGCGCACGGCAGGCUGUCGUACGCGUGUCAGGACCCGUGGGUGUUCGCGGCCACGGUGCGCCAGAACAUCCUCUUCGGGCUGCCUUUCGACCGGCGGCGCUACCGAGAGGUCAUCCGGGUGUGCGCGCUGCAGCGAGACCUGGACCUGUUGCCCCAGGGAGACCUCACCGUCGUGGGCGAGCGCGGAACCUCGCUAUCCGGGGGGCAGAAGGCGCGCGUCAACCUCGCUAGGGCUGUUUAUCGCGAUGCAGACGUAUAUCUUCUUGAUGAUCCACUCUCAGCAGUGGACACCCAUGUGGGAAAACAUCUGUUUGAAGAAUGCAUUGUAAAAUUUUUGCAUCAUAAAACAAGAAUACUUGUGACACAUCAAAUACAAAAUCUACCUCAUACGGAUCAUGUUGUGCUAAUUGAUGCAGGGAAAGUCAAAAUUCAAGGGUUAUAUGCAUCAGUUGUACAAAACCCAGAGUAUGCAAUGAUGCUGAGCCUUUCAGGAAAAAACACAGAUGAAGAUGAGUCUGAAGAGAAUAAAUCAUCACAAACAUUUGGUAGGCAGCUUUCGAGAUUCUCCAGGCAAAUAUCUCGAGCAUCCACACGUAGCGCAUCUUCAUACCACGGAUCGCUGAUAGAAGAAGAAGAGGAUGAAGAAGCACCAGACAUGAUGGAAGCUACAACUAAAGGAGUGGUGAAAAAGUCCCCAUAUGUUGGCUACUUCAGAUCCGGAACCAACUACUUCGUCAUUUUUAUGAUAAUUCUGCUCUUUGCUUUGGCUCAAACCCUUGCCAGUGGAUCUGAUUACUUUAUUUCUUAUUGGACUACACAAGAAGAGACUAGAAUUAUGUAUAUGCAGAAAUUGAACAGUUUACUUGAUACGAACAGUUCUGCUGUUUAUGAUGAGUUACUGACUGAAAAUAACAUGACAAGCCAGGGAAAUAAAACAUUUAAUGUAAUGGAGUUUGUAACUACUAAUAAUGAAACAAAUCAAGAUAGUCUGUUGAGUGGAUUGUAUGAAACCGAAACUCUUAUUUACAUGUAUGUGGCAAUUAUUGUAGGACUACUUGUCAUUGCAUUCACUCGCUCUCUUACCUUCUACAAUAUCUGUAUUAAAGCAUCAAGGAAACUCCAUGAUACAAUGUUUACUAAUUUGAUGAGAGCACCUAUGCGGUUUUUCAACACAAAUCCUUCAGGCCGUAUACUGAAUCGGUUUUCAAAAGACAUGGGUGCAAUUGAUGAAAUUCUUCCAAAGGCUAUUUUGGAUGCUACUCAAAUUAUUAUGACUGUAUGUGGAUCACUAAUUAUAGCAGUGGUCAUCAACUGGGUGUAUCUUAUUCCUAUUAUUGUCAUGGGUUUACUCUUUUGGUUUAUGAGAAAAAUUUAUCUGAGGUCGUCAAUGAACAUUAAACGACUGGAAGGAAUGACUAAGAGCCCCGUAUUUACUCAUCUUCUUGCAACUCUGCAAGGCCUUACUACCAUAAGAGCCUAUGGUGCUGAGAGUAUACUGAGAGAAGAAUUUGACAAACAUCAGGAUUUACACACUUCAGCUUGGUACAUGUUUUUGACGACGUCACAGACAUUUGGAUUCACAUUAGAUAUUAUGUCUACCAUUUACAUGGCAUUCAUUUCAUUCAGCUUCUUAUUUCUGGAAGAUCUGUUUAGUGGGCAAGUUGGACUCGCAAUAACGCAAGCCAUGAGCCUUACAGGCAUGAUUCAAUUCGGUAUGCGGCAGUCGGCAGAAGUGGCCAACCAGAUGAUGUCUGUGGAGCGAGUCAUGGAGUACCUUGGCUUGGAAGAGGAACCACUGCUUGAGGCGCCUCCAGAACAGAAAACACCCAAAGACUGGCCAUCAAAAGGGGAAAUAGAGUUCCGACACAUCUACAUGAGAUACGGGCCACAGACCGACCCUGUUAUAAUAGACUUGAAUCUGCGGAUUAAACACGGUGAGAAGGUGGGCGUGGUGGGACGCACGGGGGCCGGGAAGUCGUCGCUGAUCUCGGCGCUCUUCAGGCUGGCGUUCCUGGAAGGUGAGCUGAUGAUCGACGGCCUGGAUACAGCCAAGGUCGGCCUGCGGGACCUGCGAGCUCGCCUCUCCAUCAUCCCGCAGGACCCCGUGCUGUUCGCCGGCACGCUGCGCUUCAACCUGGACCCUUUCGACGAAUUUUCUGACGAAGUCCUCUGGAGAACUCUUGAUGAGGUGGAGCUGCGGGAGUCGCUGCACGACAGCCUGGGUCUGCAGACGCGCGUGCUGGACCAGGGCAGCAACUUCAGCGUGGGCCAGCGCCAGCUGGUGUGCCUGGCGCGCGCCAUCCUGCGCGACAACCGCAUCCUCAUGCUGGACGAGGCGACGGCCAACGUCGACAACAACACUGAUUCGUUGAUUCAGAAGACCAUUCGCCUCAAGUUUGCGCACUGUACGGUACUGACAGUGGCACACCGUCUCAAUACCAUAAUGGAUUCCGACAAGGUGCUCGUAAUGGAUGCUGGUCGCAUGGUGGAAUUUGACCAUCCUCACCUGCUGUUACAAAAUAAGGAGGGAUACUUCUACAAGAUGGUGCAGCAGACCGGCCCGUCCAUGGCAGAACAACUGCGAAGAGUCGCUGAAGAGUGCUAUCACGGUACGAUUCGCUUGUAAGGAAGCUGCAGAAGAACAAGCUGUCUAAAAUGCUCCUGCCAUGGACAUUUAUUGAUUUAUUUAGCAUGCUGAAAAGUGCU